CGUCCACUGUGAUGUCAUCAAAACCUGGCCCGCCUCGUUAUGAUGUCACCUUACGCGGGGUUGCCGCCCUUUUUUUCUCCCGCAGCUCCUCCCUCUGUGCCCACCAAGGGGCGGGGCGUUGCGACUAUGGGGCGCACGAGUGUAAGAGGGUGAGAUGGGAUCAAGUGGGCUGGCAGGUGAGAGGCGGACCCAAGCCAGAAGAGGUUGUACUUGGUGCAGGAACCAGCGAGGGAUGCCAUCUGGAUCCAGCUUGUGCCCAGGAAGGCCCCGGAUGGCUCCAGCGCCACCUCCUGAGCGGCGAGUUCGACCAGCUACGAGACUUCACAAUUUUUGAGAGCAACUUCGUGCAGGUGACCCGGUUUGGAGAAGUCGCCAAUACAGUCACCAUGGGGGUGGCAGCCUCCAGUCCAGCCCUGGAACUCCCAGACCUGUUGCUGCUGGCUGGCCCUACCAAGGAGAACGGAUGUCAGGAGCUUCUCGGGCUGUUCCCCCUGCAGUUCGUUGAGCUCUUCGUGCACGACGAGAGCCGCCAGCAGCUCAAGGUCAAGUUCUGCACCGGCCGUGCCUUCUACCUGCAACUGCGGGCGCCGGCUGAGACCCGGCACCUGGAGUUUGGCCAGUGGGUGCGGCUGCUCUACCGCCUGCGUUACCACGCGGGCCAGGGCGCCGUGCCCUUCACGCAGGAGGAGUCGGAGGACGAGGGCUGGGAUGAGGAGACAAUUGAGGACCCGGAGGCGCAGGAGAGGGACUGGCGGGACCAGCUGCAGGCCAGAGAAGCCAGGCUUGAUCCACAGACCUCGGAGCUCUGGGGACUGUGACACUGCCUGGACCAAGCUCACAGCCCUGACCCGGGCCAUGCACCAGAUCAUUAACACAAAUAAAGAUCGCCGCUUAAGCACAGCAGCCAGCUCAGAGGCGUUGCGCCAGCAGCUCCCCUUCCCCAGGCAGAGACUGCCUGAGUGUCUUGGCCGAGUCCAGAUCUCCAUGCACCCAGCAGACCUGGCGCCAGUCGUUCCCAGGGUCCCCGAAGCACACAGCCUGCCCAGUCUGCCCUGUGGUGCCCCCUAGAUUGUGCUCACCAUUAAGCUGUCCCCCUUUCCCCCACCUUGGAAACAGGACCUGGGGUUCCUCUCUGAAGCUUCGCAGUUGUCACAACAUGGUUGCCCCACUAAAAUUACUGUUCCAA